UUCCUCCUCUACCCUCCCCCCCGUUCGUUCCGGACACUCGGCCCUGGCCACCCUUGAUCUUUCCCGACAUCCUGGGGCUCUCCGCGCGCCGGUGCACUCGUGCCUGAGUUGUCCCGGAGUGACGAGACGCCACCUCGCCUGACUGCCGGAUCAUGGCGUUGGAGGUGCAACCGCCUAGCGACCGCAAGCGGGUGAAAGUCUACGAGCUGAAGGAUAACGACUGGUACGAUCGCGGCACGGGUUUCUGUACGGGUCAGAUCCUCGACGACGAGCCGCGAAUUUUUGUCGAAUCUGAAGAUGAGCCCGAUCGGGUGCUGCUGGAGACGAAAAUCUCCAAGGAUGAUGGAUACCAGAAACAACAAGAAACCUUGAUCGUCUGGACUGAGCCCAAUGGAACGGACAUGGCAUUGAGCUUUCAGGAAGCGGAGGGAUGCGCGGUCAUCUGGAAUUUUGUCAGUAAUGUGCAGCAACACCUGCUUAAUAUGUCGACGGCAGAUGAUGCCUUGUCGGACGACCUCGAAAGCUUCCAGUCCAUCAUGCUCCCUCCGCCCGAACUUGGAAACCUGCCCGAAAUUGAUCACGUCAUGCGAGCCGCGAGCAUCACGCAGGCCGGUCGAGACGCUCUGUCGAAAUUCGUCAUUCGAGACGAGUAUAUACCGAAACUUAUCCCGCUAGUCACCAUGGCAGAGGAUCUCGAAAGCCUGGUCGACCUACACCGACUCUGCAACAUUAUGAAAUCCCUCAUCCUGCUCAACGACAACACCAUCAUCGAGACCGUCGUCACGGACCCGAUCAUUCUCGGGGUUGUCGGGGCUUUAGAAUAUGACCCCGAAUUCCCGACGCACAAGGCCAACCAUCGACAAUACCUCGCGGACCAGUCGCGCUAUAAAGAAGUCGUUCCCAUCAAGGAUGCCCUGAUUCGCCGCAAAAUCCGCUACACCUGGCGCCUGCAAUACUUGAAGGAUGUUGUGCUGGCUCGGAUCUUGGAUGAUCCCACGUUCUCGGUGCUGAAUUCGUUGAUCUUCUACAACCAGGUGGAGAUCGUAAACCACAUCCAGUCGAAUGCCGCCUUCCUCAAGGACCUUUUCUUGGUCUUCGACCCGAGAAACGCGGAUGCGAAACGCAAGGAGGAUGCAGUGCAGUUCCUCCACCAAUGUGCUGCGAUUGCGAAGAAUCUGCAGGCCCCGGCGCGCGCCAAUCUGUUUGCCAACUUUAUCAGCCAUGGACUGUUCGCCGUGAUCGCCUUCGCCAUCAAACAUCCGAAUCCCGCUCUGCGCACGACCGGUAUCGAUAUCCUGGUCGCCCUACUGGACCACGAUCCGAUCAUGAUGCGUAGCUAUAUGCUCAAGGCUGUGAACGAAAAGAAGACCCCGUUGACCGACACGCUCAUUGAUUUGCUCCACACCGAGUCCGAUCUGGGUGUUAAGAACCAACUAGCAGAUGCGGUGAAGGUCUUGCUGGAUCCACAAAUCCCGCUGCCGGACGCGAUGGGUCGGGCUGGUCCCGAACACUAUACAAAAUUGCGUCCGAACAUUCUCUCCGAUGCCUUCGUCCAGAAUCAUUUCGACGAAUCUGCCCGAAGGCUAUUCCAGCCUCUCAAACGGCUGGAAAACCGGGCCAGCCUGCAUGACCUCACGUUCCAAGAAGUAGCCCUUCAUUCGCAUCUCGUUGAUAUCCUCACCUUUUUCGUUCGACAGCAUCUAUACCGGACCCGGAAUGUCAUCCACAACGAGGCUCUUGCCCCUCGCAUCGCCCAGCUCCUCAAAGUGCCUCAGAAACAUCUCAAACUCACUGCCUUGAAAUUCUUCCGCACCCUCAUCAGCCUCCAAGACACCUUCUACCAAGCUCUAAUGACGCAUAAUAAUACCUUUGGGUUGAUCCUUGAUAUUGUCUAUGAGACGAUGCCACGCGACAACCUCCUCAACUCCGCUUGCCUUGAACUUUUCGAGUUCAUCAAGCGGGAAAACAUCAAAUCGAUUGUCCUGCAUAUCGUGGAGAAGUACGGCGAGAAGCUCAAGAACAUUACGUAUGUCGAUACGUUCCGCGACCUGGUAAUUCGCUACGAGCAGAUGCAGGGCUACGGAGCCGAGGUGGACUCGACUCUCUUUGCUCAGGACGAUGGAACCUCGGCUGCGAGAAUGCAAGCCAACGGCCAGCGCUGGCAGGGUGUUAAGGAGAUGGAUGCAGCGGAAGAGGAAUACUUCAACACAUCAGAUGAUGAGGAGGAGUGGCAACAGCAAGACACCCCGGCGGUUCAAGCGAUGGCUUCUCAGGCACAAACCGGUGGCGCCUCCCCGGUCGUCAAGCCAUUGGUUGACUACCCGGACGAUGAUGAGGAUGACGAUGCCAUGGAUACCAAGGCGGAACCGGGCCCUGAACAGCAGCAAUUGCAGCCUGAAGAUUCCCACUCGCAGGGAUCUGAUACGAACUCUCACGAGGAGUCUCCCUCGACUCCAGUGUCCCUGACGAUACAAACACCUCCGGAGCGACUAUCGGAAAAGCGCCGACGCGAGGAAGAGGAUGACGACGAGCUGAUCAAACUCACUUCCGGCCCCAAACGGAGAAGUUCUACCAGCAGCGGGCCUGGGAGCGCGGGACUCUUGCGAAAGAAGAGGAGCACAUCCAUCGGAUCAAUGUCACCCGGCGACAAAGGAAAUGCUCAAGGUGCCUUGGGAAGUCUUACCACCGGCGCGGCGCCUAAAAAGAUCGCCAUCAACCUUGGCUCCGCUCCGGCCAAGUCGUCGCAACCGGCCAACGAUCGUGCGGAUUCGACGACACACGAGAGCAGCGAAAAGGAGAAUCGCAGCAACGACCAUGGUAACAAUGGUUGAUGAUUACACUCCUUAUACCUUUCCCUUUAUGCAUUGAUGGUACUGGUCGCAUUUUCUUUAUUUUCUUUCUUUCUGCGUGCAUCGAUCUCUUGUCAGAGUACCAGGAGC